AUGCUCUCUGCUACACUAUCAAUGUCUCUUACCUCCCUCAUGUCUGCAAAGGCCUCGCUAGCCUUCUCCCGCCACACUUUUCCUUCCGGUAGUAGUCUUUCUCCAGUGACAUUCACCAGCCUUCCACCCUCACGCGCUCCUCUCAAGCUGAGGUGCUCUUCACUCCCAAGCUCUUCCCAUGUCGAGGAAGGAGCAAAGUUUGUGGAGGCAUCAAAGAACGGGAACUUGAUUCCUCUCUGUCAGUGCAUAUUCUCUGACCAACUUACUCCUGUCCUUGCUUACCGAAUUUUAGUUAAGGAAAACGAUCGGCAGACUCCAAGCUUUCUUUUUGAGUCUGCAGAGCCUAGUUACCAUGCUUCAAGUGUUGGGCGCUAUAGUGUUGUAGGAGCGAAUCCAGCUAUGGAAGUUGUGGCCAAAGAAAACAAGGUUACAAUAAUUGACCAUGAAUUUGGGAAGUUAACUGAGAAAAUUGUUGAUGAUCCAAUAAUGGUUCCUAAAAAAAUCGCAGAGGGUUGGAAACCAUAUCUCAUAGAUAACCUUCCUGAUGCAUUCUGUGGUGGUUGGGCAGGUUAUUUCUCAUAUGACACAGUUCGUUAUGUAGAAAAGAAAAAACUACCAUUUUCAAAAGCUCCAGAGGAUGAUAGGGACCUUGCUGACAUACAUCUGGGUUUGUAUGAGUGUGUGAUUGUGUUUGAUCAUGUGGAAAAGAAAGCAUAUGUGAUUCUUUGGGUGAGGAUUGAUCAGUACUCCUCCGCUGAGAGUGCUUACAAGGAUGGAAAGGAACGAUUAGAAAAAUUGGUAGCCAAAUUACAGUAUGGUCAACCUCCGAUUUUGGCUCCAGGCUCGGUGGAUUUACAUACUCACCAUUUUGGUCCACCAUUAAAGAGGUCAACCAUGACAAGAGAAGCAUACAAGGAGGCAGUCCUUAAGGCAAAAGAACAUAUUAAAGCAGGGGAUAUUUUCCAGAUUGUGUUAAGUCAAAGAUUUGAACGAAGAACAUUUGCUGAUCCAUUUGAAAUUUAUAGAGCACUGAGAGUUGUGAACCCAAGUCCAUAUAUGGCCUAUUUGCAGGCCAGGGGAUGUAUUUUGGUUGCUUCAAGUCCGGAGAUUCUUACACGUAUAAAGAAGAAUAACAUAGUGAACCGUCCAUUGGCUGGGACAGCUAGAAGGGGAGGAACACCUGAUGAAGAUGCAAGGUUAGAAACCUUACUACUGAAUGAUGAAAAGCAGUGCGCAGAGCAUGUCAUGUUGGUUGAUUUGGGACGCAAUGAUGUUGGAAAGGUUGCCAAAAGUGGUUCUGUGAAAGUGGAACAACUUAUGAAUAUUGAAAGAUAUUCCCAUGUAAUGCACAUAAGCUCAACAGUAACGGGUGAGUUGCAAGAUCAUUUGACUAGUUGGGAUGCCCUGCGUUCUGCAUUGCCUGUUGGAACUGUGAGCGGAGCACCGAAGGUGAAGGCAAUGGAGUUGAUUGAUGAGUUGGAAGUGACGAGGCGGGGGCCAUACAGCGGAGGCUUUGGAUACAUCUGUUUCUCCGGGGAGAUGGACGUUGCUCUUGCUCUGAGGACAAUGGUGUUUCCGACGGGAACUAGGUAUGACACAAUGUACUCAUACAAAGAUCUGAACCAACGCCGCGAGUGGAUUGCUUACCUUCAAGCUGGUGCUGGUAUAGUUGCUGAUAGUGUCCCAGAUGAUGAGCACCAAGAGUGUCAAAACAAAGCUGCUGGUCUUGCUCGUGCCAUUGACUUGGCCGAGUCCUCAUUUGUUGAUAAAUGA